UAUCUCACCUAAGUAUAAAACGAGGUUGCGAUAUUGGCACAGCAUCAUUCGUUCAUCAGCAAUCAAACAUGAAGUUCUUGGUGCUAUCUUGUGCUUUCGUCGCGGUUUUGGCUGAGCCACCUCGCUUCAGACCGGCGAGGUUCAGGUUCCAGCGACAGGAGUUGGCCCCGACCACCACGGAGUCGCCCACCGAGCCCACGACGGAAGCUGGAGGCCCUUAUCCGCCGUCAGGCUGGAAACCAGCGGGAGAACCGUUCACUCUGCCCAAACAAACAGAGUUGGAGCCUACCUAUGGACCUCCUCAGAGCGGACCUUACCCUCCAUCCGGAUGGAAGCCAGAAGGUCAGCCCUUCACGUUGCCAAAUGAGCAGCAACCUCCCGCCACCAGUUAUGGAGUUCCGGAUAAUACAUAUGGAGCGCCCAGUACAGAUGCACCCACCACGGAUAAUCCCGAAGCUGAGAGGUUGGACAGCCCCGUGGAAGUCCAGAAGAGCGUGGGUUCAUACUACGUUCUCCUGCCAAGUGGACAGUUGCAGAAAGUCGAGUUCAUGACGGAGAAUGAUAUUCAGAAUAUGAAGUACACCGCGAGGCUCCAACUACGAGAACCGGCUCCACUAUUAUUAUUUGGGCGUUAAUUUUUAAUUUUUCUGUGAUUAUAAUUAUAUUAUAUAAAUGUAUAAUUAUUAAAUUUAAUUUAAUAACCCAACAUUUUUGUAUAAUUUAUUA